AUGGGUUCACUGUACCGUUCCGAGCAGAUGCGCUUCUGCCAAAUGAUCGUUCAGAAGGACGCGGCAUUUGCUUGCGUAGCCGAACUCGGCAAACAGCCCUAUGUGCAAUUCAAGGAUUUAAAUGAAAGUACCAAUCAGUUUCAACGGAUGUUUGUCCGAGAUAUCAGGCGGUUUGAUGAAUUAGAGCGAAAACUGAGGUUUAUUGACAGUCAAAUUAAAAAAGAUGGUAUUGUGUUAACAGAAUUAGCUGAUGAAGGAAAUUAUGAAGUGAUGCCACCGCAUGAGCUAAAUCAGCUCGAGACGACUCUAAUCGACUUAGAAAGAGAUUUGCUGAACAUGAAUGAAAGUGAGCUGUUGUUACGUAAAAACUAUUUGGAACUCAAAGAGUGGGAAGCGAUUCUUGAAAAGGCUGAUCAAUUUUUUCAAGGAGGAAUAAAUGACGUUGCAAUGCAAGAAAUCCAAACUGUGGAAGAGGAAGAUUUUCCGUUUUCUUUACGUUCUGAAAAAGAACCAAUGACUUUUCUAACUGGAGUCAUCAAUCGUGAUCGUGUGAAUGCUUUCGAACGAGUUAUUUGGAGAGCUUGUAGAAGAACAGCAUUUGUGAGGACAGCUGAGAUCAGUGAACCUUUGUUCGAUCCCGACGCGGGUGAAAAUCAGAACAAAUCCGUUUUUGUCGUGUUUUGCAAAGGUGAACGACUGAAAAACAUUAUCGAAAAGGUUUGCGAAGGGUUUAAAGCAAAAUUGUACAAUACGUGUCCAAGAAAUAGUAAGGAUCGGCAUGCAGCCUCUAGAGAUGUACGAGCACGCAUUUCUGAUCUACAAACUGUCAUGGGUCAAACUCAGGAACACCGUUACAAGGUUCUGAAAGCUGCAGCAGGCAAUAUGCGAGAAUGGCAGAAGCAGGUUCGUCUUCAAAAAGCCGUAUACCAUACUCUAAACCUGUUCACUUUCGACAGCAUUGGCAAAUUCUUCGUCGCAGAGUGUUGGGUUCCACUUUCAGACUUAGAAAAUGUGCGACAAGCUUUGGAAAGAGCAGUGGAGAUUAAUGGUAGUACGGUAAAACCGGUUUUAAAUUUACUGGAAACUUCUGAGGAACCGCCAACUUAUAACAAGGUAAACAAGUUUACAGAGGUUUUUCAAGGGAUCGUCGAUUCAUAUGGGAUUGCUUCAUACCUCGAAGUUAAUCCAGCACCGUUCACAAUUAUAUCGUUCCCGUUUAUAUUUGCUUGUAUGUUUGGCGACUUUGGACACGGUUUAAUCAUGUUUCUUGGUGCGCUGUUGUUUGUGCUUAAAGAGGAAUAUUUUAUCAAAAAAAAGAUAAAGGAUGAGAUAUUUAACACGUUCUUUGGUGGUCGUUACAUCAUUCUGCUGAUGGGUUUGUUUUCGAUGCAUGCGGGCAUAUUGUAUAACGAUGCUUUCGCUAAGUCAUUCAACAUUUUUGGAUCGUCUUGGAGAAAUAUUUAUAGUGCUCAUCAGUUGGAAAGUUGGGAGAACCAGUCGGUGAUUCAGCAUAAAGAAGUACUGGGAGAUUUGAUACCAGAACGAGCUUUUUUAAAUGACCGCGGACCAUACUUCUUCGGGAUGGAUCCAAUUUGGAAUUUAGGCGAAAACAAGCUUAACUUCCUUAACUCGUUGAAGAUGAAACUUUCAGUAAUUGUAGGCAUAGCCCAGAUGACUUUUGGGGUUAUGCUCUCGUUAAUGAAUUACACUUUCUUCAAAUCGAAAAUUGAGAUUCUUACCGUAUUCAUCCCUCAAAUGCUUUUUAUGCUUUGCAUCUUCAUCUACCUUUGUUUGGAAAUUAUUAUCAAAUGGAUCUUCUUCUCAGCAAACAAGGGUUUCAUUUUUGGGCAAUUUUACCCUGGCUCCCACUGUGCCCCCUCACUUCUGAUUGGACUUAUUAAUAUGUUCAUGUUCAAAGAGCGCACUCCUGGAUUCGUGAACACAACACGCGUUUUAAGUCAAAAUGCGACGAAUGCGCAAUAUCAGGAGCUGCCAAACUGCUAUUUGAAUCAGUGGUAUCCGGGGCAGUCAGUAGUUGAAGCGGUGCUAGUUAUUAUUGCUGUACUAUGUAUACCGGUGAUGCUUUUUGGUAAGCCCAUUUUUACACUGAUGCAGCAGAAAAAGGCGAAGACUCAGGAUCUCGAUAAACUGAUUGUACGUGUCAACAUGGAAAUUGAAGAAACAGAAAUCUUAGCCAGUCAAAGUAGCACGAAUGGAAGCAUUGGCAAGGGUCAGGGUAAAUCAUUUGAAAAACCGCUCAACGAACAGACGACAUCAGAAAAUAGAGAGCCUGAAGAGCAUGAGAGCUUCGGAGAUAUAAUGGUGCAUCAAGCCAUCCACACCAUAGAAUAUGUAUUAGGUUGUGUCUCGCAUACAGCUUCUUACCUUCGAUUGUGGGCGCUGUCUUUGGCUCAUGCGCAAUUGUCUGAAGUGCUUUGGAGCAUGGUUUUGGAGCAGUCUUUCCAACUUUCUGGUGUAGCAGGCUACAUAGCGCUUUAUGUAAUAUUUAUCUUUUUCGCUGUCUUAACAAUUUCAAUCUUAGUCCUCAUGGAAGGACUGUCUGCAUUCUUGCAUGCCAUCCGUUUACACUGGGUGGAAUUCCAAUCAAAAUUUUACCUCGGACUUGGGUAUCAGUUUGUGCCAUUCUUCUUCAAAGACGUCCUUCUUAAAGCUAGCGCCUCGGACAUGUAA